UUUUUAAAGAUUUAUUUAUUUAUUUAAUGUAUGUGAGUACACCAUAACUCUCUUCAAACACACCAGAAGAGGGCAUCAGAUCCCAAUACAGAUGGUUGUGAGCCACCAUGUGGUUGCUGGGAAUUGAACUCAGGACCUCUGGGAGAGCAGUCAGUGCUCUUAACCACUGAGCCAUGUCUCCAGCUUGGAAUACGUAGUUUUAUUGAAAGAAAAAUUGUUAAGUAUAAUAUUGGGGGUAAUUCCUGGUAAUAAUACAAACUUAAAACAAAUCUCAAAACAAACUUAAGCAGGACCAGAUGAAGCAGGUCUGCAAUCCCAGGUACAUGAGAGACCAACAUGACAAGUCAGAUGGAAGGACUGCAAAUUCAUGGCACACCUAGGCUGCGGUGAGCUCAGAACAGCCUGCACAUGCCGUUCUCUGGUAGAGCAAUUGCCCAGGAUGUACAGGGCUCCCCAAACUGCACAGAACCAACAAUACAACAAGAAAAAUACUUGAGAACUACAUUGCUAGGGGCAGGGAAGUCAUCAACAGUCUUACCCAGCAGUGAACCCUGCGAACCAGACUAAUGACUGACAUGGCACGAUAUGCCCCAAGGGUGUGAUAGUGGUACAGGCAGAUGGGAGUUACCAUCUGCAUUCUGAUUGGAUUUGAGGCCCGCUUCAUAGGAGAAAACUCAGGCCUGGUCCUGUAAAUCAGGUCCAGGGAUUGCAAAUAUUAUUAAGAGCCAGAGGACCAGGAUGCCUGCUGCAAGAUAAUGUCUCCCAGCCACGUCAGGGAAACCGCACCCCAGGAAACAUGGUUUCCUAAACAAGACCUGCAAAAUGAUAUCAACUGACAUGCCGACACAGAUGGAAGAAAUUUUUUAAGCUCCCUCCGACACGCCCUCCCCACCAAGAUUAAGAGCUACAGAUAAUCAAUGCCUGCUGAGAGAAUCAGUUUUCUCUAGGCGGAAGCUCUCUGAUAGCAUAUUCACUCCCAAGUGUUUAGCCCUGCACACUUACAUAUGAGCAAUCAGUAUCAGUAGGUUUUACAUAAACUUGCAGGGGCAGUUGUGAGCCGCCAUGUGGACAGUGGGAAUCAAACCCAGGUCCACUGCAAAAGCAGGAGGUGCUCUUAACCACCGAGCCAUCUCUGGAAUGAACUACAACCCAGAACUGGAAGGCUCACCUGUGAUCUAGAUCUUGAGACUGGGAGACACAAGUUUCUGUCCUGGAUCUUGGCCUGGAGCUCUUGAGGCACAGUGGCUAUGAAUCCCAGGAGACUAAGGCAAGGAGGUCUCUGAGUUCAAGGUUAGCCUGGGACAAAACAAGUCCCAGAUCCAGGCGUGGUGGUACACAUCUUUAAUCUGGGCCAUACUUUCUGCUCAGACCUACAUAAGGACAUUGGAAGAUCCACUCUUCUUCGUCUGCUUGCAUUUACUUGCCAGCACAUCUGUUGGAAUUUACUAGCCUUUGUGGGACUGGGCAGUUACUAGAUCCUUGGACUUCCAUUCACAGAUGACCACUGUUAGGGAGUUGGACUACAGACUGUAUGUCAUCACAACAAAUCACCGUACUAUAUAGAGACUAUACAUACGUUCUGUGACUCCAGAGAACCCUGACAAAUACAGUACUGAAGUAACAGAAUUAGAAAGCAGGCAUAUUUGGUUGCUGCAUUAAGCGACAGUUUCUAAUCGCGCCUUAGAUUAUCAGUAGCCCUAUUUGACCUCCACCUACCGGCCAUUCCUUUUUGGUUUUUUUUUUUUUUUUUUUUGCUUUGUUUUGUUUUGUUUUGUUUUGUUUUUUUUUGCUAGGGGGAAGGUGGGGGGUGUUUAUUUAGACAGGGACCCGGAACUCGCACUGUACACCAAGCUGGCCUCAAACUCAGAGAGAUCCGCCUGCCCCUGCCUCUGGAGUGCUGUGAUUAACAGUAUGUGACACUACCGCCCAUCAGUUCAUUAGUUCUUAACACUAGUUCCAAAUAAAGUUUCGCAUCCUCCUUAACAUCUGUAAUUGAUUAUGCUGGCUUGUUGUUGAGAAGGGUUGAAACAAAUGUAAAUCAUGCAACUAGUCUUCCACUGUGUGUGCCAUAUGUGCAUGCAGAAGUCACAUAGGUAGAAGAAACACUGAGCUAAUGGGAGGUCUCUUAUACUCCAGAGGUAUGUUAAUGAGGAUGAACUAUAGAAAGUAAAACUGGGCUUGGCCUGCCUGGGAAGUAAGAUUAAAACAAGAUGCCUGGCUAGAGGCAUAUGGUAAGGUUAUUCUCAUCCCGUGAAAACAGGAAGACUCAUGCCUUUACCAGCAAGACCGACAGACAGACAUGAAAUGAACUUUCAUAUUGGAGAGAUGGUUCAGUGUUUAAGAGCAUUCACUGAUCUUGCAGAGGAGUUGGGUCGAUACCAGAACCCCAGUGGUGGCUCAAAAACAUCAGUAACUGAGCUCCAACUGACAGCCCCUCUGACCCGUACUGGCACCAGGCGCGCGCGCGCGCGCACACACACACACACACACACACACUGCACACAGACAUACAAUACAGGCAGUACAACAUAAAAAGAUGGAUUUUCACACUAGAGAGAUGGCUCAGUGGUUAAGAGCACGGCACUGACUGCUCUUCCCGAGAACCUGGGUUAAAUCCCCAAUACCCAUGUCUAAUAAGCUCACAGCCAUCUUUAACUCUAGUUCCAGAGGAUCCAGCGCCCUCUCCUGGCUCCAUAGGCACAAGGAAUACACGUGGGACACAUAUAUGCAGGCAGAAUAAGCUCACACAUAACAUUUUCAAAAACUUUAAAGUCUUUUAAAAAAAUAAAAGGACUUUCUUUUGUAAGAUAGCUUGUGUGAACAAGCUGUCAGCGGUGCAGCCGAGCCCUCUAACACCAGGAGUGCGGGGCUAGGCUGUAGGACCCGGAGGGCUGCCCGGCCGCGUGCCUGAAGGACCCCAAAGGGCCCACGGGCUAUCUAGCUCAGUGCCUGGUGGCCAGGAGGAUUGGCGGGAGUACCAGGUCGCCUGUCUUCCCUGGAGACCCCUUGGCAGCCUGGCCCUGGAAUGGCUGGAUCAGGCUCAUGCACUGAUUGAUCCAGCUAAAUUCUGUGGAAAGCCAGGAAGGCCCACCUUCUCAAGUUCCAUGGCCUCGCAAAAGUGCCAUCGGCUGCCUUUAACACAUGAGCUUGGGUGGCGGUGUACUCAACAUCUUCAGUGGAGAUCCUUCUAGACAGCGUGAGUCCUGAUUGAUUUUCAUCUCUGGGAUGGUUGGUUCUCCAGGCUGUUCAUCAACAGAUUCUCAGCAACAAGUUCCUCAUUGUACGAAUGAGAGAAUUGCUGUGGAAGCCGGAGGACUGCCGGAGGUUUUACCGAGAGCAUGAAGGUCGUUUUUUCUAUCAGAGGCUGGUGGAGUUCAUGACAAGUGGGCCAAUCCGAGCCUACAUCCUUGCCCACAAAGAUGCCAUCCAACUUUGGAGGACACUGAUGGGACCCACCAGAGUGUUUCGAGCACGCCAUAUAGCCCCAGAUUCAAUUCGUGGGAGUUUGGGCCUCACUGACACCCGAAAUACCACCCAUGGCUCAGACUCUGUGGUUUCCGCCAGCAGAGAGAUCGCAGCCUUCUUCCCGGACUUCAGUGAACAGCGCUGGUACGAGGAGGAGGAGCCCCAGCUGCGCUGUGGUCCUGUGCACUACAGCCCAGAGGAAGGCAUCCACUGCGCAGCUGAAACAGGAGGCCCCAAACCAGCUUAGUAAAGUCCUGUCGGUCCCUGAGGACUAUGCAGUGUGCAGCCUUUCUCUUAGGGUCAGGAAGGCCGUCUGAAGACACUGUCUCUGAUGGACCCCACCACCUGCCGGAAGGUCUAGCAGACCACAGUUCUGCUACGGCAGCCCAGAUCUAUCUACCUCUUCUAUGAGUAUUCACGGAGGUCCAGGAAGGAGGUGAUGCCUCCUUCCUCGAGAAAGAGCCUGCCUGUUGACCAGUCAGGAAAACGCAGUGCCUGCCUGUGUAACCAGCAUCCACCUGGCUUCCUUAAUAAACUUCGUGCUACCAAA